AACUAAAGAGAGAGGCGCAAGAACAGAAUCAGAUACACUGGACAGUUGAAGCUAAGGAAGAAGAGCAGAGAGAGAGAGCACCAACUCAAUGUUUCUCAUUGGGAGCUUAGUUCUUCUCUGUCGACUUCAAAUUAUUGAUUUGGGUUGCCAGUGAAACGUGGAUAAGAAGGAAAUUGUGGGUGUUGAUAUCGGAGGCUGGUUUUGAAGUGGAAUUAUAGAUCUGAACAUCUCCGACGGUCAAUUGUUAUGAGAGAGGAGCAGGGAAUGGCCCAGAGCGGCAAUGGCGGAUCAGGUGGGCAGUGGGGAUUAGGCGUUAGGCAGCCGCAGCUACCACCCAAAUCUCCUCGAGGAGCCUCCUCGACCGGCCAUGAUCUACAGAUGAGCAACACCAACGAGAACCAGCAAGGCUUCUAUGGCUGGACUGGCUUUCCCCAGCAAGUCGGGAAGCACCACAGGACGUUUUCCUCAAUGGGUUUCGUCCCCAACGCCCAGACCGCUCCAUGGCUCGAGGAAGUGAUCAAUCUCCCGGCGCCAAAACGUGGGAUGCACCGCCGAUCCUCGAGCGACUCCUUGGCCUUCGUCGACUCCCAUGCCGAUGCCUCUGCGCUUCACCAUCCAGAGAUGGAUGGCUUCGACUGCGGAAGCAGUAGCACGACGUCGAUUCCGUCCAGGGAAUUUGACAAGUUCGAUGAAGAUCAGCUUCUCUCUAUGCUUGCGGAUAUAGAACCUUUUCACAAACAGCAGCAGCAAGCACAAGAGCCUGCUUCAGCCAUGGACAUUGGCCUCAUGGAGACACAGACACCUAUGUCGACCUCUGAGAAUCCUUCUACGCCAUCUGACAAUAACAGUAUCUGCGAGAAUUUGGUGGACGAGAAGCCGGCGGUAACUCCGUCUGCAGGGCAGCUUAAAACCGAGCAAGAAGUUCAGAGUGCGUGUGAGACGGAGCAUCAGCCGCCACAAGAGCAGCAGCAACCCCUACAGCCUGCUGUUCCCAAUACCACCAACGGAAGCAGCAGCACUGCGGAUCCCAACAGUGAUCCCAAAAGAGUGAAACGGAUUCUUGCUAAUCGGCUGUCAGCUCAGAGGUCUCGUGUCCGGAAAUUGCAGUAUAUCGCUGAUCUCGAAAAAAGUGUAAAUGCCUUGCAGGCGGAAGUAUCUACACUUUCACCACAGGUAGCCUACCUUGAUCACCAGAGAUUGGUCCUGAAUGUGGAUAACAGUGCCCUGAAACAGAGGAUGGCUGCACUGGCCCAGGACAAGCUUUUCAAAGAUGCACAUUAUGAAGCACUGAAGAAGGAGGUCCAGAGGCUAAGGCAGCUGUAUCAACAGCGGCAGUGUCUUCAGAAGGAAGAGCAGGUGAAACCAGCUGAGUUCGGUUCUGAACAUCAGCAGAUGCAGCAUGGCAAUGGCGUUAGCACAUGUUCGACGAGCGAGACUGAAGCCCACAGGGAACAAAUGCAAUCGGAGAACAAAGUGGUAGCUAAUGGAGGCAACUCUAGCAGCAGCAACCAGCAAACUCUGCAGCCUUUGAGUUGUUUGAAGGCCGAAGCCGCAAGCCCCCUUGCGUAUUCUUCAGAUUACAUGGUUCACAAUCCUUGAGAACUCCACCAAUUCACCAUUUUUGUCAUGAAUUAUUUAUUUUUUUGCGUGAAAUCAUCUUGGUUCAGGCAGAAUUCUUUUGCUUUUCUUGACAAUGUUUUAUCCUCUAAUUCUAUUUGCUUCGAAGAAGAAACGUUUCUUUUUUGAACAAACAGUGGUUUAACA